AUGAAAUGGUCUCAUACAAACCACAAGUCAAGCAGUUCUUAUCUUCAAGUCAAUUCUGAGUCAGACUUACACCUUGGAGACGUCGUGGGAAAAGAAGCACUUUCUUCGACAGCUACCUUUGACUCUGUCGAAUCUAAGGCCCCCCGUCAGUUAUGUUCACCCAAAAGUCGCCGCACGACAUUAGGUAUUUACAAAGAUAAAUGGCGACUCGGCGCAUCGGUGGCAGCUCUGGUAGCUAUUUUGACGGCAUUGAUCAAUCUCAGCGUUGGGGCAUGGGCGACAUCUCGCAUGGGCGACGGCAAUCCCAUGUCGAAGGGUAUCCUGGUGGAGAUAUUUCAUGGCGACUGCAAAAAGGCAUCAACGAUGAACACCUGGGCACAUCUAGCAAUCAACGUUGUUAGCACAUGUUUGUUGGCAGGCAGUAACUACUGUAUGCAAUGUCUGGUUGCUCCCACCAGAGUUGAUAUCGAUCAAGCCCACCGAAAAUUCAAGUGGCUUGAUAUCGGCCUCCCAUCCAUACGCAAUCUCAGAUAUAUCGAAGCUCGACGCAGGUGGCUUUGGAUACUUCUGGCGGCAUCCUCAUUGCCAUUGCAUCUUCUAUUCAAUUCGUCGUUCUUCUCAUCCAUCGCGUCUAUGAAUUACAGUUCAGUACUCGCAACGCCAGGCUUUCUACAAGGUGACCGCUUUGAUUUGAAUUCCACCAAAUAUGUUACUGGCUCCUAUGGUUCAUCUGCCUACACAGAGCAAGCCCUCACCCGACUCCAAGAGGAAGUCAUGACGAAUCGUACUCAAUUCGAGCGGCUUGAAAACGCAGCAUGUAUCCUAGCGUACGCCAAUGAUCUGAUCACCAAUCGCAGAUCAGUCAUCAUGGUGACCAGUGAUGAUUCCCCGCGUGCAAACGGCUCUGUUCUGUCAUUCACGACCGGUGUUACUGCCAUGCCUCAGUCCUAUAGCUACGACUGGAUUUGUCCACUACCACCUGCUCCUUAUUACACUUGGCAGUCUCCAUACUAUAGCUGCCCCGAACAAAUCACCAGAGGUCUAAUCGAUCCCGAACACUGGACUCCCUUCAACGUAACCGUGCAGUAUUGCCUUAGCCAAAAAGUCGAGGAGCAAUGUGGCUUUCACGCCAACAUAGCUAUCAUUUGGACUGUUGUCAUCUGCAAUAUCGUCAAGGUUUUGAUUAUGGUCUUCUUGGCCUACUCUCGUGGUCUUGAGACACCACUCUUGACGGUCGGAGAUUCUGUGGCAUCAUUCAUGACCAAACCUGAUCCAACCACCGAAGAUUCGGGACCGACAACCAUUCGCGCAGUUAAAGCUCUGAAGACUAAAAAGGGAUCUGAUCCAUCGAAGAUUUGGAGCUCAGACAAACUUGCUGGUUGGCAGCCUUCGAAUCGACUCAGAUGGUUUCAUGCCGUGUCGAUUCCACGUUGGUGUUUUACCCUGACCUAUCUUACUGCUUGUCUCUGCACUGUUGGAGGCUUGCUUGGGCCUGCAGUGGCUCAAGUGGCUGAAUCCACAGGUGAUAAAUCCCUUGGAGCUCUUUUCGCAACGGGUCUUGGUAAAGUUCGGCUUGAAUCUACUCUCACAAGUUGGAACAUAACCUACAUGGGCGUGCAACAAGCUAUCGUGUCCUCUGUAUUGGUUGCGAACUCGCCCCAGUUGGCACUGUCAAUCCUUUACUUUGCUAUAAAUACUGUUCUCACGUCAAUGAGUUCGGCAAGCGAGUGGUCACACUUUUCCGUGCGAUACGCCGAGAAGCACAAACCGAAACCCCUCAGAACAUCCAAUCCUGUUGGGAAACAGAGAGGAACCCAUUUCCUACAAUUGCCUUUCAAAUUCGCCAUCCCGUUAGGCAUCGUGGCGACCCUCCUGCAUUGGCUGAUCUCACAAUCGAUCUUCCUGGUCGCCAUUUCCGUAUACAAUCCCGACGGUACACUUGCCAACCCUUUCCAGUUGGCGACUUGUGGAUUCAGCCCGAUUGGCAUGAUUUUUGUCAUUAUCUGCGGUAUUGUGAUGUUGAUCUGUCUACUUUGUAUAGGCUUGAUCAAGCUCGACGGCACCAUGCCCAUCGUCAGUAGUUGCUCUGCGGCUAUUUCGGCGGCCUGCCAUUUGAGAUACCCUCCCGGAGGCGGCGCUCGGCAGACCUAUCUUCUCGAGGCAAGGGAAGAUGCGAGACUCCAACUGGCUCAGGAGCCUGUGGUCUGGGGCAAGUUGGUACAAGAUGAGCAAACCUUCCAGUGGAGCAAUGAGAUAUCCCUUGAAGAGCGGAAGCAGUACAGUUUUGUGAGUGGUCAGGGACUAGGGUGGCGGGAAAAAGUGACGACGCCCCUACCAGAGAACAAAAACUUGGAUUUUUUAUAG